UAAAUAUAUUAAAAAAAGAUGACUUAGAUUGUUGAAAUAAUGGAGUAAAUUGAAAAAUGCUUAUCUUCCUUGAAUGAAGAUUUAGAAAUAUCAUUUGAAGAAAUCGAGAGUAAUGAGUUUGAAAAAUAAAUUUUAAAUUUAUUAAGAAUCUAAUAAUUAUCAUAACCUUUCAAUCAACUCAUCUCCAACUUAGAGACACUGAUGGAACCUAUUUCAUAAAUAUCUUCAAAAUUUGAGGCAUCUAUUAUGGAUAAAUGUGUUUAAAAAUAGUCAGCUCUGAAAAAUUCAAUUACCUAAGUACCAGAACCAACUGCAGGAUAAGAAUAACAAAAACAAUAAGAUACAAGAAAUUAAAAAGCCAAUAAAUAAGAUAAGAAAAAAGUAACAACAAAAUCUACAACUUUAAACUAUUUGAACUUAGUAUAAAAUACUCAUAUGUUAAGAAAAGUGGAUGCUUUUGAGAUUCAUCAAUACCCUUUAUAUUUUAAAAAAUACAUAUAAAAUUUUGAAGAUUACAAAACUAUCAUUCUAAUUGGAACUAAAUGCUCAGAAAAAUAGAAGCUCAUAAAUUUAUUUUUAAAUUUCUAAAUAGGAGUUGAGUUUUCAGAUCCUUAUAGAUUUGAAACAAUCGAUGAUAUCGAUAUAACAAAUUAGAAACAAAAUGAGGAGUAUUCAUCUACGAAAGUAUAUUAUAUUACACCAUUAAAUGGAAACCCUGGUCUUAGAAUUAUUUACACACAAGAUUACAGUGAUGAUUUAAGUUAUGACGAUCUCGGAAAACAUAGUUCAAUAAUAAGUAUUAUAUCUUAAUCAGCUUCACUUAAUCAAAAUAUCUUAAUAGGUUUAGUAAUUCCGUAAUAAGUGUAAUUAGGUACAUUCUUUAUGUUAGAGUCUGUUUUGAGUCACUUUUCAAAUUCUUUAAUAUCAAAUGUGGUCUUUUUAUUUCCAGAUUGCACAGAUGAUUGCCCUAAAUAGAAGGAAACUUUGUAGUCUAAUACAAAAUUAAUCAAUGGAAUAGCAUCUCCUGUUUUUAAUAUGAUACCGAAAUUUAAUAAUUCUUGGUAUCUUAAAUUUAAUACCAGUAUUUUAUUUACAGAAAAUUUAACAUAAGAAAAUUAAUUCCUCUGGGAUAUGGGGCAGAAUGCUUUUUAAUUGCUUCUUCAAAAUUAUUUGUAAAAUGGAAUAUAAUACUCAGAUGAGAUGAAUAAAAAAUAAAAUGAAUUUUUAAAUGGUGGCAUUAUGUAAGGGUUUACAUUUGAUAAUUUCAGAAAAUAAGUUCAAUAAUUUUAUGAAAAAAGUAAUCUAGUAAAAGAAUAAAAAAAAAUUGAAAAUGAUCUGAGUAACAUCAUCUGGAAAAAUUAUAAAAGUGAGAGACAUGAAGAUUAUCGUAGAAUUUAUUGUAAUUGUGGUAAAAAUUGCGAAUUUUGUAAUUCUACCAACAGUAUUGUAAGUAAAUUAUUUUCUUUAUCUCUAUAUAUCGAACGCUUCAAAAAGAAUCUAUGCUGGUAUGAUAGAACAGACCCUGACGCCUUAUCUUCUUAAUUGAAUAAUUUCAAGAAAGAAAUCCCAAAUUAUUUGUUGUCAAAAUUUAAGAGUUGGUCAGAGUAUUUAAAAUUUAAUUCAAUCUUGUCUUUUAUUAACUUAGGUCAAGAAAAAUAUUACGAAAAUUUAAUUUCCAAAGAAAAAUGUUCACAGUAAUCAGGAUGGGAAGGAAGAGUAAAUCAUCUAAUGGAAAGGUAUAAUUUCUGGAUUUGUUCUAGUAAUUAUUUUCAAGGUUCUAAAUGCUAAAAAAUGGAACAAUUAUUAAAUAAUUGGCCUGUUUAUAAAUUUUCUUUUGAAGAAGUGACAAUUAGAGAUGGAGGACUUGAAUAUAAAUCAGAGUACGAAGAAUAUCAUUAUAAUGGAAAAUAAUUAAGAAAUGUACUAAUAUGCUAUGACUAAGGUAAAAAUGCAAAAUCAGAAUAGAUCUAUAUUAAUAAGGAUGAAUAAUUAAUAACUAACUUUUAAAGACAUCUUUCUAAUUUGAAACUAUGUGAACAUUGA